AUGGAAGAAUACUUGCUACACCAUUGCGUCACAUCUGGCGUGACGAGGACUACAGAUGAUGCAUCAAGUUGGCAAACAUCAGGACGAGCAGAAUGCGUUCUUGUGGAAGAAAAUCAUCAGGCUCACGGCUCCUCAAGAGUUAUUUUGUCGGCAAUGCUUAAACUCGUGGUGCAGUCCUCCAAGACGACGAAUGUGCUGCUGCUCACGCUGGACUCACCUGAAGUAGCGCGAAGUACUCACACCUCGGCCAAGCUCACUCACAUUGACUACUCAGCUGAUGCUGCAAACUUUCAGCCGUCAUCCUUUCCCGAGUCGCAACUACUGGAAAAGAUAUUGCAGGAUAUCAAGCGGGUAGAAGAAACGAUCAAGUUCAAGGAAGGGAUGUCGUCACGACCGAUGGUUGUGGUUUUGGACUCGCUGAAUGUGCUUUUACAGCAAAUCUCACUUCAGCAAGUAUUACGUUUUCUUCGACAAAUUCGUAGAAACACUGUUGUUGGAUCCAUCAUUACACGAUUAAAUGCUGGUGCCGAGUCAUUUGAAGCCGCACAGGCUUUGGCAGCACAGGCGACAGCGUUAGUACUAGUGGAAACACAUUCCUCCCUUACCUCCUAUCCACUUUUAUCUCAAGAACGAAGGCGUGACAUACCGAAAGGGAUGCAUGGAUUAGUAAAGCUGAUCUGGCAGAAAAAGAACGGCCGAAGUAGUGAAAGUGUCGAGUACUUUCAAGUGCUGUCCAAUCAGGUGCACUUUGUUGCCACCACAAAUGUUAAGGUAUCGGCUGAUACAUCUUCAAAAUCUAGGGAUCUGAAUCAAACAGUCGAUUCUACAAAGUCUGAUGCUAAGCGAAAGUGCCAGAUAGAUGCGGAGCCGUCAUCGAUCCUCGACUUGAAUACCAAUAAACAUGUGAACCUUCCUGUUCAUCAAGAAGAGGUGACCUUUGACUUAUCCAUCACCGCUGAAGAGCAACAUAUCAAGAAGCAAGUUGAUUUGCCGUACACACAUCAUGUUCAGCAUGACAACGACCGUGGCUCAGGCGGUAUCGACGACAAAAGCGGCAAUAUUACCGGUCGCAAUCAACCAAGAUUAAUGAAGGAAACUAAUUCUAGAGUUGUAGAUUUAUCGAUCGGAUCGCAGGUAAAACAAUUGGAAAUUGCGCCGUAUCUAUCAGCAAAAAUCUCAUAA